UUAACAUUUUGUUCAAAAUACAAAGGAGGCAGUCCAGGAUUACCUGAAGGAGAAUGCCCCCCCGAAGAGCAACGGGGAACUGCCCUGUGGGCAUCGUUACUCUAAUCGGGACUCAAACUGCUGCCUCAGGAUGGUCUCACAGGGAAGACUGGUGGUGACGGUGGUCAGAGCCUGGGGACUGGUGGGAGACUACCACUGGAUAGCAGGAGACACUGAAGGGUUUGCUGUGGUCACCUACGGUUCCAAGUCCCAUCAGACCGAUGUGAUUCCGUCCAACCAUCCUGUCUGGAAUGCUACCUUUGACAUGGGUCCCUUUGACAAAGACCUGAGUCUAAACGUGGCUGUCUGGGAUUACGAUCCUGUGAAUGAAGAUGACAAGCUGUUGACCUGUACCGUUGACCUUGAGCAGGGGUCACACGAACUCUGGUGUAACAACAGCGGGGGGGUGGGGGUUUAUUUCCUGUACACCCUCACCUGUGACCCUCACCUGACCGGGGACAAGUGUGAAAAAUACAAACCUUUCAGAGCCACAACACCCUCCACCCCCACAGUCCACUCUAAUCCACUCUACAGUAAGAGUGGGCUCCUCUUCCCUACCUUUCCUGUCCAGAGUUCAGCAGUUCUGUACCUGUGGUUCUUGUACAUCUCUGUAUAAUGUACCCCUCACAACACACUGGAGGAAAUGCAUCCCAGGCAGUGGGUCUGUUGCCUGUACAGCUCACCAGGAACCAGGUUGGAAACAAGGGGAAUAAUUAGAAUAUGUUUUCCCCAGGGGUGGUACUCGGUGCACCCCCCCCCCCCCAUGUCUUUAUCUGUCAUGUAUAAUCAGAGAGUUUAUAGGGUUCAGAUGACUAUAUAAUGAUUAUUCACAUCAAAGCUUGUCUGUGACCUCAACAAAUUACAUUGUACCUUUAUAAUUAAACGGUGGCUGUCAAACGAUUAAAUACUGUAUGUAAAUAUGAAUAUUGAUUGAGCUACUCUAUAGCCACCGCUUUUAACAAUUUCUUCAUUCAGUCUGUACUAGAUGUGGGGGUAAAGUUGACAGUGAGUGAGUUAUUUAACACCCAAUGCGAAGACUCACUCUAAAUGUUUGAUGUGAUUCCAACUACUGAGGUGAAAAGAGCUUGAAAACCUCUAAAGCCAAAGAUGUCUAUGGUUUUGAUGAUGUUUUCUUUAAAACAUAUAUUAUAGUUAAACAUCACCAAUAACACAUCAGAUGAAUCUAUCCAUAAACCAAGGUAUCUUCCCAAGGGAAUGGAAGUCAGCUGCUGUUGCCACCAUGUUCAAGUCUGGAGUUUGUUUUCAGGUCAAUAAUUAUAGACCUAGAAGCAUUUCACCAAUUGUUUCAAAGGCUGCAGAAUGAGUGGUUUCUAAGCAAUUGACUGAUCCCUUGAAUACUAGUGAUUACUCAUUAUAACCCAUGCAAUUGGCUUCAGAGAUUUGCCAAAGUGGAAGUGGUAGGAGCUGUGUUUUAUAUAUUUGCUAAAAGCACUUGAUACUGUAAAUCACAGAACACUACUCUCUAAACUAGAACAUUUAAAUUUCUCCCCCAAUGCUUUAAAAUGGAUGGAUUAGUUUAUCUGACAGAAUGCAGUGUUAGAAUCAACCAGAAAGUCACAUUUUCUGGCAACUGUGCAAUGGGGUCCCACAAGGAUCCGUUUUACACUUUACACUUUAGCUUAUAUAUAAAAGACAUGCUUCAUGUGUCACGGUAAUACGGUGCUGAUAUAUAAUAUGCAGAUGAUGUUAUAUACACAUGCAGCCAGUGAAAAAUAAUAUCUGCACCAGGGACUACAGACAGACAGUUGUCUCAAUCUGGAAUAUUUACAGAAAUGUUCAUGGAUGUGCUUUGUCCCUGUUAAAUAAAUGUAUAAAUCAAA